UUAAAGGGGGGGAGGGACGGGAAAGAGUUGGAUGUGUUAAUCGAUGCUAGUAGUUGAGUUUCCAUCUGCCGUUAAAUUUCAUAUCAAUCAUCCUAUCCUACUCAACAAUGGCUCCCCUAGUCUGGUUCAUCACCGGCGGCUCCUCCGGCUUCGGAUACCAACUCUCGCUCCACGCGCUAGCCGCCGGACACAAUGUGAUUGCGACCGUGCGAAACAGGACGAAAUCAGCCGACGCAGUGACGGGGAUCGAAGCGCAAGGAGGAAAGGUCAUCGAGCUGGACGUCACCAAGGCGGAGACGGUGCCGGACGCCGUGAAAAAGGCAGAGAGCUUCUACGGCCGAGUCGACGUUCUAGUGAACAACGCGGGGUACUCGCUCCUCGGCGCGAUUGAAGACAUGACAGACGAGGAAGCCCAGGCACAAUUCAACACGAACUUCUUCGGUCCGCUACGGCUCAUUCGUGCGAUCUUGCCGUCGAUGCGGGCGCAGGGGAGCGGGACGAUCGUCAACGUGAGCAGUAUUGCGGGCCAGGAUGCGCUUCCGUCGUGUGGGCUUUAUGCGUCGAGCAAGUUCGCGCUCGAGGGUCUCUCCGAGUCGUUGGCGAGGGAGGUCGCGCCGUUCAAUAUCUCCGUGUUGAUUGUUGAGCCGGGGGCGUUCCGGACGAACUUCCUCUCGUCGGUGCAGAAGACGGAGACGGCGUUGUCGGUGCCGUAUCGUGGGGGUCCUGUGGACGACAUGCUUGGGAAGUUUGACAGCGCUCAGGGGAAGCAGAAGGGCGACGCGGAGAAGGGAGUGGCGAGGAUCUUUGAGGCUGUGACUGGGGAAGGGGCUGCAGGGAAAUUGAAGGGCAAGGUUCUGAGAUUCCCUCUGGGUCCGGACUGUGUGGAGAGAUUUGAGGUGAAGCUGAAGAGUCUUACAGAUGACUUGGAGGCUUCGCGGGAGGUGGCUAUCAGUACGAACAUUGACGAGUGAAGGGUUGCGUGAAUUAGACCAGGUUAUGAAAUAAUAGAGCUUGAACGAGCGAUGUUUAUGAGCAACUUGAAGCCCACCGAG